CCAGGUUGCCAAUCAAGAAACCCCUUAACACAACACUCCGUACUACUAAACUCAUCUUUUAAGUACCCUUUCUGUAAUGGAUUGGCCUUUUGGAUUUGUUUCACCUUUCAACACAAAAUGUGCUCCUCCCCUCUCAUUCUCUGCACCCUUCUCCUCCUCACUGUUUCCUCUUCAAAUGUUUUUGUUGUGCAUGCAUUUGUGGGCACAUAUGGGGUGAACUAUGGGAGAAUAGCAGACAACAUCCCGUCGCCUGAGAGCGUUGUGACGCUCCUCAGGGCGAACAAGAUAAAGAAUAUCAGGAUUUACGACGCUGAUCACUCGGUGUUGAGGGCGUUUAAAGGCUCUGGAGUCGAGAUCAUCGUUGGCCUCCCGAAUGAGUACCUGAAAGGCAUAAGCGCGAGCCAGGACAGCGCGGUGGAUUGGGUGAAACAGAAUGUAGAGGCCUUCCUUCCUGGCACCAAAAUUGUGGGAAUUGCAGUGGGAAAUGAGAUUCUUGGAGGGGGAGAUGCCCAGCUCUGGGAGGUUUUAGUCCCUGCUGUGAAGAAUGUUUAUAGUGCUCUUGAAACCCUCCAUUUAUCCAAGAAAAUUGAAGUCUCAAGCCCACAUUCAGAAGCUGUGUUUGAGAGCACUUAUCCCCCAUCAGCAGGAGCCUUCAAGCAAAGCCUUUUGCCAUAUCUUAAGCCCCUUCUGCAAUUCUUUCACCACACUGGCUCCCCUUUCUAUAUCAAUGCAUAUCCCUUUCUUGCAUACAAAUUUGACCCUUCCCACAUUAACCUCCAAUACGCCCUUUUCGAGUCCAACGCUGGCAUCUACGACGACACAACUAAGCUGCACUAUGACAACAUGUUCGACGCUAUGCUGGACGCAUCCUUUUUUGCUCUCGAGAAGCUCGGGUUUGCCAAGAUGGAGGUCAUCGUCUCCGAGACAGGCUGGGCUUCCAAGGGAGAUGGGGACGAGGCGGGGGCGAAUGUGAAGAAUGCUCUGACAUACAACAAUAAUCUGCGAAAACGCCUGAUGAAGAAGAAGGGCACUCCUUAUAGGCCAAAGGCUGUGGUGAGGGCUUAUAUCUUUGCUUUGUUCAAUGAAAACUUGAAGCCUGGGCCAACUUCUGAGAGGCAUUUUGGUCUGUUCAAACAUAAUGGAAGACUUGCUUAUAAGAAUGGCUUCAAGGGACUCGAUUCGGCUUCGGCUGCUGCCUCAUCCUUUCUCUCCUGCAAGGUAAGUUUAAUCUGUGCAGCAAUGGUGAUUCUGCUUUUAGGAUCAUGAUGACUUGCCACAAGGCAAUAGAGUCUUGUUUCCAGUUCGGUUAUACACAGAUCAGAGUACAAGUUUUAAAUUGCUGUUGAUUCAUGUACUCAUUUUAUAUUCCAUUGGAUUAUGUAUGUUCAUGAUCUUUGCCAUAUAUAUAUAUAUAUAUAUAUAUGUCUGUGAGAUUUCUAUUAUGAACCUAUCCAAAAGUAUUAGAAUGUGA